CCAACCCAACCACAUCCUUAUUUCUUAUUGCAUACCCAUUUCUUUGAACCCUUCUUUCUCUUAAAUUCCCCUUUUAAAAAGUUCUUGGAUUCUGUGUUGAAUUGGAUUCCCAGAAUUUGCAUCCAGCCCUUGAAGAGUUCGUAAAUUACAGUAAUGGGGCUUAAAGAUAUUGGAGCUUCACUACCCCCAGGGUUUAGAUUUUAUCCGAGUGAUGAAGAGUUGGUGUGCCAUUAUCUUUACAAGAAGAUUAUGAACGAGCAAGUGGUUAAGGGCACUCUUGUGGAGAUUGACUUGCAUACUUGUGAGCCAUGGCAGCUUCCUGAGGUGGCGAAGCUGAAUAGCAACGAGUGGUACUUUUUCAGCUUUCGAGAUCGAAAAUACGCAACGGGAUUUCGGACGAAUCGCGCUACGACAUGUGGGUAUUGGAAAGCUACUGGAAAAGAUCGAACGGUGGUGGAUCCUUCAACCAGGGAGAUCGUAGGGAUGAGAAAGACUUUGGUGUUUUAUAGGAACAGAGCUCCAAAUGGGAUUAAAACGGGAUGGAUUAUGCAUGAAUUUCGGUUUGAGGCCCCACAUCUGCCCCCAAAGGAGGACUGGGUUUUAUGUAGAGUGUUUCAAAAGGGCAAGCAAGAAGAGCACAGCAUCAAACUCAACCAACAUUUUACAUUUGAAGAUUUCGAGUGCGUUCCCACUGUCAUCCGAGCUCCAUCUCCCCCUCCAAGCGACCCGAGUCCGAUCGCCAUGCCUUGUGGCUACAAUGUCGAUAUCGCUUCAUUAUCCUCAAUGGCUCCCCAUCAGAGUCAUGGCUACAUUGGCAGCUGUUCUUUUCUCCAUCUCCUUCAACUUCCUCAAGAAAAAGAUGACAAUAAUAAUAAUCCCAAAGCUGAUCAACUUUUUUGCCCCAAAAAUGACUCUGAUUAUGGGGUUUUGUGGGACAUGGAUUUGGAAGAACAUACGUUUCAAGAUGGCGCCAUUUCGAACUUGGAUCAAAUGGCCUUCGACGUCGAAAGCAGCCUGGUUUUCCUCUGAACUCGUAUCUAUCUGCUACUGCACAUCUCAAUGGGUUGUUUGUUCAUAUAUAGUUUGUAUAUGGUUUGGUGUUUGGAUUUAGGAGAGUGUUUGGGGCAUUGUUGUGUGCUUAGGGACACACUUGGAUUUCAUUUUUUCCUUUAAAUCUUUGUUCUUGUUGUACACAAAAUUAGUUAAACUUGUAAUAAAGAAAUUUAGUUAGCCGCAUUACUGUGGAUGUAAUA